AUGGGAGGGAACGACGGGAGUGACAACAGAGAGCCUCACUUCACGCCGGAGAAAGAUGGCGUGAGUAGCGUGGAUAAAACAGCAUUAGAAGAGACAGCAACAGCGACAAGUACGCCAAGUGACAAGUCAACAGUGGGAGCAGAUAGCAACAAAAAAAAGGAAGGGGUAGACCACCAAAAGGAAAGUAAGCAAGAAGAAGAUCCACAGCAAGCAGCCGACCAAGACCAGGAAUCUGAUGAGGAUUGGGAUGAGAUGUCACUCUCAAGCAGCCUGAAUGAUACAAUCGUGAAAAAAACACCGCCAAAAAACAAAGCAAGCAAUAAAACGACAAAGAACGAGAAAAAACUAGAAGAUUUACUAGAGGAAGUGAAAAACGAAUUCUACAACGUGAUCUGCAACUGUCAAAAGGCAACAACAUAUGAGGUAAGAGAGAUGAUCGAGGAACUAAACAGAGACAUGAAGAGAGUGGUCAGAGAAAAAGAAAAAAUGAAGGAGACCACAAGAUGCAGAUGUAUUUAUGAGAGGGAAAAAGAAAGAGAAAAACAAGAACAAGCAAUAAAUAAAAUACAAGAAGAACUAAGGGAAUAA